UGGAAGCGCGGGAGUCUCGGUUUGUGGUGGUUAAGCUUAGGCGGCGGUUCUGUGUUACUGUUAGAGGCGCCACUCCUUGGGGACUCCGGACGUUUGAGGCGAAAUGGCUUCGGGCGAGAGUGGAGCAGGCGGUGGCAUUGGAGGGGCCGCCGUCGCCGCCGGGUGCCGGUAGGGAAGGGGUUUGAGGCCCUCUGAUUCCGUGGGCCUGUGCUUUUCCCCUUUGCGGUGAUCCUACUUACCGCGAAGAUGAGCUCAGCCUGGGUCACCUCGUUCGAGAAGACACAUCUCUGGAUGUAUCUGCAAGCACUCGGCUUCGAGCCAGGUCCGGCGACUAUCGCCAGCGGAAAGAUUGUUUCGCACACGCAUCUCGGAGUGAAUAUGUUUGACAAGCUGAACCGUGAUGCUUUUCAGAUAGUUUCUUACUUUUUGUUUCAAAUGCUAGACCAGUCUCUCACCAAAGAAGUUUUCAGGCAUUGUUGGCCACCAUUUGACCAAAAAAGUGAUACUGAAUUUCGGAAACAUUGCUGUGAAUGGUUAAAAAAGAUUUCGGCUGAAUGUGGAAGUAACUUUCCUCAAGUUGUUGGUUCACUAUUUCUUUCUCCUGGUGGUUCUAAAUUUAUCCAUCUGAUGUAUCAUUUUGCAAGAUUUGUUGCAAUAAAAUAUAUUAAAUCCAAUUCUAAAAAUUCGUCUAUACAUUUUACAGAGGCACUUAAUGUAAAGACACAAGAUUUGCACAAGUGCAUUGCCAGAUGCCAUGUAGCACGUAACAGAUUUUUACAGAUUUUGCAAAGACAAGAUUGUGUUACCCGAAAAUAUCAGGAAUAUGCACAAAUAGCAGUUAAGCAAGUAAGGAAUUUGAGAUCGGAAUGUAUAGAACAACAAAACCAAAUAAAAAAAAUGGGACUUUGUGAUGACCAAACUAAUAUACAAGAGAAAAUUCAAAAGGUUCGAUCUUUAUGGGCUUCAGUGAAUGAAACACUUGUGUUUUUGGAAAAAGAGAGAGAAGUCAUUAGUUCAGUCCUUAGUCUAGCUAACAAUUAUGCUUUAGAUGGAACUAAUGUUACUGUUAACAUUCCAAGGCUUUUACUUGAUCAAGUUGAGAAACAACUGUCUCAGUUGCACAUAGGAAAUGUCUAUGAGGCUGGAAAAUUGAACCUCUUAACAGUUAUUCAGUUAUUAAAUGAAGUCUUGAAAAUAAUGAAAUAUGAACAUUGUCAGGAUGACCAAGGAGGACUGACAAUAGAUUUUCACUUUCUUGAAAAAGAGACCAAAUUUCAGAGAGAAAGACUAUCUAAUCUGAAGCAAAUGAGGUAUAAAAUCAAAGAAGAUAUUAGAAGUAUAAGACAUUCUGUUGUUGACAAACAAGAAGAAUGGUAUAAAAAGUGGGAAGAAUUUUUUGGUCUGUCUCCUUUUAGUCUAAUUAAGGAAGCUCCAGCUGUGGAUCUUUUACCACCUAUGUCUCCCCUUUCAUUUGAUCCUGCCUCCGAAGAAGCAUAUGCAAGGAGUAUUCUUUUUCAGUAUCCUGCUUCACUUCCAGAUACACCUAAGCAACAUAACCAAGAAAACGAUUGCAGAAGAGUCAGUGAUAUAGUGGAAACUGUACAUGAUCUAGUCAACAGCCCUGCUUUUUCAUUGCAGCCAACUUCAUCAUUGGAUGAAAAUAGUGUUACAGUAUUUGAAAAGGACAUGGAGAUGAGAACCCCUACAGAGAAAAGUGAAACAGUUUCUAAGAAAACACCAAAAUUUGAAGUUAAUGACUCUGCUUCAUCAAAUAUCACCAAGAAUAUGGAUAAUAGUGCAUUUGUAGGACCUCUGGCAGCGAAGAAAAGUGAUCCAUUCCAAAAAGAGCAAGAUCACCUGGUAGAAGAGGUUGCCAGGGCAGUUUUAUCUGAUUCACCACAGCUCUCUGAAGGAAAAGAAGUAAAAUUAGAGGACCUAAUUGACUCUCUAGCUUCUAAUCCAUUCUUAACAAGGAAACAAAUUCCCCGAACACCAGAAAAAUUGAUAAGUGAAAUUAGGAGCUCAUGGAGAAAAGCUGUUGAAAUGGAAGACAACAGAAGUACAGAACCAAUUCAGCUGGAUACUGAACAUAGAGAAGUAUUGCCAGAGUCCUUACCUGUAUUGCAUAAUCAAAGUGAAUUUAGCCUGGCCAGUUUUCUGUCAGCAACCUCUGUAUCAGAUUCUAAUCACUCUCUCUUGCCUGAAGAGAAAGUUGUUCCAGAUUCUCUCAAGAGUGUGUCUCAGAAGAAUAUGGUAACCAGUCACAUAUGUGAACCUAUACAAAGUGAGGCAGAUUUGUUAAAUAAGAAAGUAAUUUGCAAGCAAGAUUCAGAAUCUCUUGCUUUACAGAACAUGUCUUUAGAAUCUAGCCAAGUACAGACCUUCUCUCCUAGUGUAGGCGGUAAGAUAGGUGUAAUAGGUAGCAAUGAAGAGGCGUAUAUUAAAAUACUGGAUCGCUCGCAAACUUCUUAUCAGGAACCUCAGGAACCUUCCAUACAUAAAACUACAUUAUGGAACUCUUUUCAGAUAUCAAGUGGAAUUGAUUCCAGGAUUUUUAGGGAUGAUGAUUUUGGCAUAUUACAUGAGACUCUUCCAGAAGAACUUGGUCACUUAAGUCUUAAUAGCUCCACUAGUACAGAGGCCAAUUUUAAACUGGAAUCAAACAGUCCUGUGCCCAGUGGCAUUUUUCCAGACAAUGCUGUAGGAGACCAAGAAAUUAUUUCAGAAUCAGUCUUAAAUUUACAGAGUAUUUGCAGUAGGUAUGAAGCUCUGAAAAAAUCUAUGUUCGAAAAAAGGGAAGAAACUUACCUCUCUAGUCCUGAAACACUUGAAAGACACAAACUAGAAUUGAGCCCUGCUUCUCAAAACACGCAAACAGAUGAUUUGCUUGACAUUUUGGACACUCAUGAUUUGCAUACUGACUAUACAAAACCAUCUGUACGAAUGUCCCUUGGUGAAAGAAAACGAUCUCUUUCACCACUAAUUAAGUUUUCUCCAGUGGAGCAAAGAUUCAGGCCCACAAUACCAAGUAGUCUUGGGGAACUUCUACCUAAUUUGAAAGAAGAAGAAAUCCUGAAUAAAAGCCUUGAUGCAAAAGAAUUACCAUCUGAUUUGAUAAGAUGAAGCAGUAUCCCAGUUAAUUAACUAUGAUGCAUUUAAAUUGAAGUAAUGUCACAGGAUAAAAAGUGAUUUAUAAUUUACAUAUACAUUGGAAGUGAAACUCUUUUUGAAGGCUUAACUAUUCUUAAAUGCCUUUUAACCUCUAAUGUUUAAAGGUAAGGAUGGUGUGUUUGGGUUGCUUCGCUUUAUAUGAAUAUGGGGUUGAAAUAUGAAUUAUUUGGAAGUAAAUGUUAAGUUAUAUGAAGUUAUUUUGGUUUCUUGAAUAAUCUGGUAAGCAUUACGUCAAAGGCAAAGUAAUAGUUUAACUUACAAUUAAUUAACAAAAGGAGUAUUUUAAAAGAUUUAUAUAAUAACUUGAAUAUACUGAUCUUUUAUUUUAGGGAAAUAUACAACUUUUAUUGUUUCUUUAUGGAACAUUGUGAUACUAAUCAAGAAAACUAAAGUAGUUCCUUAGGAUGUAGUCAAGAUUACUGGGAAUGUCUUUAAUUCAGUUAAGUUUUUACUGAGAUGGUUGAUGGAAUAAAGUGCAGGUGGUAAGAGCAGACUGGGGCAUAAUGAUUUUAGGAGAAAGGAAAAAGAUGGAAGAUGAGUAGACACUUUAGAAACAAUGUCAAACUAUAAAUCCAUUCAGUGGGUUGUAUAGAAUCUUAUCUUUAGUCUAAUUUAGACUUUGAGAAUUGAAUUUAACCAUAGUUUUAUAUUUUAACAGAACAAGUGUAAACUAAAACAUUAGUUUAUGUUUAUUGUUUUUUUGGGGGGGGUUGGAUAGGUGUUGCUUUUGGGAAAGGAACUAAUUUUUGAUUGUUACCUUCUUCAAAAACUAUCCAUUUCCUAAAAAUAACUUAAAUAGCUUGAGUAAGCUGAGUUGGAGUUAAAUGACUUCAUGUCACACAGUGAAGUCAUUGGUGGUAGGGUUUGACCCUGUUUUCAUUCAGUAUGCCACAAGACUUAUUUGAUGUAACUAAAAGACCAGGACUUAUAGGAUAUGGCUGCUGGAGUUGAUCUGCUUAUUGGAUCUUUUGGACUCAGUCAGCUGUGAGGCCUCUCCAGUAUCUGCCUCACUGUCGUUGAUAAAAGGACUUGUUACAUACCUCCUAGGAAACACAUGCCAUCCUCCUGUUAGCCAGGAAGAAUACUGGGAAGGUCACAGCACCUGGAGUAUCCCUUUGUCUAGCCCCUACUUCUAUGUCCUUUUGCCAAGAAACUCAAGGAGGGAAGGAAAAUUGAAGGUCAAGUUCUAGAACUGUAUGUACUUAAUCUUAGUUCAUCUUUCUUUAAAUUGCGCUGUCCCAGUUUGAAGGUCAGUCUUUCUGUGAGAAGACAAAAGAAAAAGCACAUGUAACUAUGACUUUCAGUGGAAAAGAAAGUUUCUCCUAAGAUGAAUUUCUUUAUUAAUGUGAAAAAAUGAGUUACUCUGCUGGUACUGGGAAACUAUUCUCACAUUUGCCUUAGGAAAACCUAGUAACUGAAGACCUAAGUUAACGUGUUAGGGAGGAAGGUGAGGCUAUCAUAAUCUUUGCAAAGUGCCAGGGCCACUGCUAGAUGAUUCUAGAUGUCACUGCUAGAUGACAUAAUUUAAUUAUUAAAACUGUAAGAUAGUCAUUAAUCUAGGGUGCUUAAAUGACUUGUCUGAGAUGUAAUCAAAGCUUUCUUUAAAAAUGUAGAUUCUGUGGUUCUGAAAUGGAGAUUAUGAAUCUGCAUUUAAAAUAAACUUCUUUGGUAAAUCUUAGGCUCAGUAAAAAGUUUUGAGUAUCACUGCUAGGGGAUAUUGAUUCAUAUUUAACCUUGGAUACCUUAAAGAAGCAGGCAUACUAUUGCAUUUAAUUUUAGUGAUGUUAACUAUUUGAUAAGGAAACUCAGAGAGACCCUUAAUUCCCGAGACUCAAAAGAUCAAAAUAUCCUUGGACCUCAAUAGAGUUAUAAAAGCCAUAUUGUUAAGUGAAUCAUACUUGUGAUAGCUAUGUUUGUGGCAUUCUUCCCUGCUCUUUGUAUGCCAUUAGUGUAAAUAAAAAUAACUUUCUUUCCCCUAGACAGUUGUUACUGUAAUUUACUGCCUUUGGUUUCUUCCCUAUGCAUCAUCUGCAUAGCCACCUUUUAACUUAGGUACUGUUUGGAUCAAUUCACUUCUUAAAAUUACCGUUAGUGGUUCAUUGCUAGUUUAGAAUUCAAAUUAAAUGUGUAUAAUCUCUCUACAUAUAUAUCUCUAUUGCUCCUGUCUUUGUAUUCUCCCAUUUUUUAUUGAAAAACUUUGGUAAGCAUAGAUAUUUAGAAAUCUUAAGUUGCAGUUCUGAAGCUGAAAUACUUUCCCUUCAUCUCCUGGUUAUAAUUAUAAACGUCCUUUAGGGCUCAGACCACUACCACUUCUACCUUGGAAGUCUUCACUUAUCCUUCCAUAUUCUAAAAUCUGUGAUUCAGCACUUAGUAUUUUUCCUGUAUUGCUUUAUCCUUUUAUUUAAGUUGUGUGUAAACCAGUUACACCAAUUGUACACACACAUACAUGCCUCUAGAACUGGGUGAGAUAAGUUUGUCCUUACAUGUAUACUCCGAGGGCCAUGGCACGGAUCAUUAUCUUUAGCAAAUAAGGAGGUAAUUGGCAUUGUUAUGGUUUGCCUUCUAUAUAAUGGAAUUAAAGUACUACUAUAGAGGACUACUUUAUUGUGUAGAUGUUUUCUCACUACAAAAUUCGUAACAUUACACAGAAUGGGCCUUACUCAGUCACUAAGAUGAUGGUGUAUAAACUGAGUUCUGUACUUGAAACCCUAAAUAAUGCCAAAAUGGCUAAUUUUAAAUGGAAUAAAUGAAUACUUGAGGUUAAAGAAGUCAUUUUAAGGGAAUGUACCUGAAAAUAUAAAUACAAAUAUAUUGAAACUUUUUACUAUGACUUAUUGCAUCACUUUUAUCUAAAGAAAAAACAAAUUUUUGAGACCUGUACCUGUAUAAAAGGAAACUCUUUUUUCUACUCUUGAAGAAAACAUGUUAUUUUCCUUAAAGACUGUUAAGUCUCUUGAUAGUUGCAUCUCUUUCUCUACUUUUCUCCUUUUGCACUGUGAAUGUCAAGUCCAUAUUCUAAAUUUAAAAUAUUUGUGAAUCUUCUAAUUUGUAAAUAGGUUGUACAUAUUAUUGCUUUGAAUAAACAAUAUUGCAUCAUCUGA